AUGGAUGUCGUGGAGCUUGCUGCGGCGGCGAGGCAUGGAUGCAAGGUCUGCGAGAAAAGCUUCCUGUGCGGCCGGUCGCUCGGAGGAGACAUGAGAUCGCGCAUCUCGCUCGGCGAGGCGGCGCUGGAGGUUCACGCCGACGACGAGCUGAGGCGUGCUUCGCCGAACGGUGGCCGGAGCUGCAAUGGAGUGGUCGGGUACGGGCUGAGGGAGAAUCCCAGGAAGACUCGGCGGCUAUCCGACUUCGCCAACGAGGAGGAUGGCGACCAUGGCGAUGGCGAUGGCGAUGGCGAUGGCGAUGGAGAGCAGCACAAGGCGUGCCGGGAGUGCGGGAAGCUGUUCUCGUCGUGGAGGUCUCUGUUCGGGCACAUGCGGAGCCAUGCGUCCGGCGGCAGGUAUCGCGACGACGAGCAUGAUGUGGACGUGGAAGAGGAGGAAUUAGUCCCAGUCCCAGAGGAGGCGGAAGCAGAGGAAACAGAGAUGGUGACGCCGAUAGAGGCGCCUGUGGCGGCGGCGCCGGCGGCUCUGACGGUGCUGUCCGCGCCCCCUAGGCGGAGGCGCCGAACGAUGCGCGUGGCAGCUCCUGCCCCCGUGCCGCCGUCGCCGCCGAUGCUGAGCGGGUUCGAGAAGGAGCCGGAAGACGUCGCGCUCUGCCUGCUGAUGCUCUCGCGCGACACCGGCAUGUGGAGCUCGCCGGCCAAAGAGGAGCCUUUCGAGAGCGCGGAGAAGCAGGCGGGCCUCCCAAGAAGCGGCUACGCUUACAAUUCCGACGACGACUCAGCUCUGCUCCAGUCCGCCGACGCCAAGAUCAAGGGCCGCGUCGCCAAGAGGAGGAAGCGAGGCUCCCCGAAGCAGCGACGCGAUCUCGUGGCGCCGAAGCGGACCCGGUACGAGUGCCCGGGGUGCGGCAAAGUGUUCAGCUCGUACCAGGCGCUCGGCGGCCACCGCGCGAGCCACAAGCGGAUCAACGCCAGCUGCAGCUCCCCCAAGGUCACCCCCGCCGCCGCGUCCUCCACGCCGGAGCCAAGCACCGAGACGUACGCGUCGUUCAACACACUGUCCCCCUCCGUGUCGCCGGACUCGGUGGCCAUCGGCUUUGGCAAGCCCAAGGACGAAGCGGUGGGCGACGCGAAGUUCGAGUGCGCGGUCUGCUUCAGGGUGUUCGCGUCGGGGCAGGCUCUCGGCUGGCACAAGCGGUCGCAUCUGAUGCCCUCCGAGUCCGACGACGUCGAGCUGUACUACGUUAACGGCGCCGGCGCGGACCACCAGGAGCAGCAUUCAGCAGCCGCGGACGGGUUCCUUGAUCUCAACUUCCCACCGGCUGUACCGGAGGAGGCUUGA